CCAGGCACUGUGGAGGAAGGUUUUCAAGUGCAUCUUGAAGGAAUAUUCAUUCUGUGUGGGGGCUGUAUUCCAGCAAGACGCUGGUUCUGAGAAGGUGGCAUCCAGAAAUGAGUGCCAGGCCCGUCUGUGGACUAGCAGAAGCCAUUCUCUUGGGACCAUUCACAAGCAAGAGACACCAACGCCGUGACAUAUGCCAGUGCCACCGCCACCUCCACCUCCUCCUCUGCCUCCACCUCCCCCGCCUCUGGGAGCUCCUCCCCCUCCCCCGCCAUCAGCACCCCCGGCGAGUACAGAAGCUUCCAGCUUGAGAAAGGCCGAUCCCAAAGGUCGAAGUGCACUGUUGGCUGAUAUCCAGCAAGGAACUCGCCUUCGGAAAGUCACGCAGAUCAAUGACCGCAGUGCCCCGCAAAUCGAGAGUUCUAAAGGAGCCAACAAAGAAGGAGGAGGUUCUGCAAACUCUCGAGGAGGGAGCACGCCCCCAGCCCUGGGAGAUCUGUUUGCUGGCGGCUUCCCUGUGUUGCGACCGGCAGGCCAGCGGGAUGCAGCAGGUGGCAAGACAGGGCAGGCCCCUGGCUCCCGAGCGCCUUCUCCCCGGCUUCCCACCAAAACUAUCAGCGGGCCGCUCAACACCCCAGCGUCUCCCAGGCUAGGCACUGCCUCGGAGGCCAGGACGGCCCCCGUGCAGGCCUUACCCGCCCCGCCUGCCCCACCUGGACAGCCCUUCCUGCAGAAGAAGAGGCCGGGCCGAGGCCCAGGUACCAGUGGGGGAAAGCUGAACCCACCCCCAGCGCCCCCUGCGCGAUCCCCCACCACGGAGCUCUCCAGCAGGAGCCAGCAGGCCCCAGGCUGGACCCCGACACCACAGCCGGGAGGUCAGCUGCGGAACGGAGGCCUGCACAUGCACAUCAUUGAUGACUUCGAGUCUAAAUUCACGUUCCAUUCUGUGGAAGACUUUCCUCCUCCGGAUGAGUACAAGCCCUGCCAGAAGAUUUACCCCAGCAAGAUCCCCCGAAGCCGUACACCUGGUCCCUGGCUCCACGCUGAGGCUGCUGGGCAGAGCUCCGAUGACAUCAAAGGCAGAAACUCUCAGUUAACUCUGAAGACGCUCCGAUGAGAAGACUGAGGAAGCCCAUGUCCUGCGAGCCCCUGAGGCUCCCCACUGCGGACAGGCAUCCCAGGAGGCCGUGUCUGACCUCACUGCACUCCAGUUGCAAUGCAGUUGACAUACAGGCUCUGCAUGGAGCAUUUAUUUAUUGUAAAUACGUGGUUUGCACAGGCUUUAAAUCGGUAUCAUAGUCGACUUUUAUUUUGUAAAAAAGCUACCCUCACCGUUUCUCCAUUUUUUCAAAAUGCAUCUUGGCAUUCGCCUGCCGGUGCAGAUGGAGCCCUGCCCCACCCCACAGCGUCCGUCCCGUGACUGUAAAGACCGUGCAGGCUGGCCCUUCCUGCGUACGGACCCGUGUUUAGAAGAUUCCUUGGUUUGCCAGCUGCCCCACAGUCACAGUAUCCACGGUGACUUCUGAUUGGCAUGAUUUUAUGUUCUCAGCACGCAAACUGCAGAAUCAAACCAAACAAUGCCUUAUACGUGACACAGCUCAGAGACCCGAGUGUCCCCUCUCCCAGACGACGCACUCGGCCUCCAGCGGACGGGACGCCACGUCCCGCUUCCGUCUUGCAGUACAGGGAUUCUUUUUUUUUCCUGCCUAAUGUAAAUAUAACACAAAGCCCAGGCAGGCGUGGGCUCGGCCCCUUUUGUAAAUGAAUGAUCCUACGAGUAGCCAAUGCUCUGUUUACAGUGCCCCUCGUGCCCAAGUCCCCUCCAAGCCCCUUCCUGGACCUCCAAGCCCCUUCCUGGCAGCCAGGCCGACGUGGGGUGAGCUUUAGGGGAUUGGGGUAUUUUCCUUGCAAGUUAGAAACCUGCAUCACACUCAUUUUUAGAGUAAAUUACUAAUCCUAUCUCAGCGGUCUGUAUUUUUUCUCCCAAGUGCAGGAUUUCUAUGGCAAGAAAAAGUGUGGGCCGAAUGUAUUAGGAACUAUCUGCCUCAAAUGUCUGGUUCCCCACCCCCAGGCCUAGGGCCACCCCUCAGGCAAAACCUAGCUCCCUCUGAGCUGAAGAACAGAACUGGCCCGAGAUCUGGUGGGGGGUACCUCUCUGGGGGCAGCUGUGUCCACGGUCAGCCACCCCUGGAUAAGGAGCAGGCCAGGGUGGGCUCCGACCGCUGCUCACACCCAUGGUCUCGAGCUGGAGAGGGAACAGAAGUGUGUGUGUGCUUGCCGCCUGGCUCCCAGGGCUCCCUGUCCUGGGAGAGGCCGGCUGUGACAGAGGAAGGGGAGAAAAUAGAAGGAAACACGCUCAUCUCUGGCCUGUUAUCAAAAUAGCUGCAGAUGAAAGGAAGUUGUGGAAGGAGAGGCUGGCAGGCGGUAAAAAUGUUUCCUCUGGAACCAGCCUCGCCUGGGCUCCCAUCUCGAGGGGACCAUACCCAGACCAAGCCAUCCAAAAAGGCAGCGGCUAGGAGGGUUCUGCUCACACGUGACUGCACGCACCUAGUGGUGGUCCGGAGUCACCUAGGAUGCUACCCUCCAUCAUUGUGCUUCCUCCUUGCAGGGAGAAGCCAGUGAGCGAGGUCAAGUUCCCUUCUCUGGGGACUAAAUCAAGCCAAAUUGUAACAGAAAUCAAUGGAAAAGAAGAUUUCCAGGUCACAGCUCUGGGCAUAGUUGCUGGGUUUCAGAUGUUCUGGAAGGUUUCUGAAAGGUCAGACUUCCUUUAUUAUAA